AGAAAGCAACGUUACACAUAAUGUGAUGCGUGGAAAUCUGUGCUCCGAGGGCGGAGGUUUCAAAGUUUUCCAGUGGUCAUUCGUGUCACAGAUGACAACCCCAUAAUUUACUUGUGAAUUGCAAGCAAAUCACAGUAGACCAAAGAAGGCAUUUAUUCUGAUUCCAUCUCCACAUACAAACACACACACACACAUACACGUUCUGUGUCUCACAUGGCCCGGGGGCGCUUUCUUCGUGACCAAUCGGAGAGAUACAGGAAGCUGUGACCAGCAACACGACUCGCAUAAACUGCACCGACUGAGGAAUCAUCAACAGACAUAUGAACGGAGCAAAGGCUGAAAAAGCAGCGGCAGGAAACCCCAAAAAACGUGUGGAAGGCGGCGUACUGAAGAGAUAUGAUGUCUCUCCCUGCCACUGCGAGGGAGGAAGGAAGCGAGGGAGGAAAAGCUGGGGAUUGGAGCAUCCUCAUGACUCUACGGAGGGCUAAGCUUGAUACAGUUCAAGCCAUCUUCUCUAUGGAGAAGUUGGUGAAAUCCAUCUGUUCUACACCGAGACAUAGUGCACCAGAGAAGGGGAAAACUCCACUGCCAGAGGCCUUGGAUUCAAAGGACACUAUGAAGCAGUUCCUGUCCGAUCGCGUCGUGAAGGCGGCGAGGUCCGUGUACAGCGUCAUGAGCGACAGGAACCCGGGUCUGAUCCGGGACAGGAAGUACCACCUGAAAACAUACAGACAGUGUUGCUCCGGUAAGGAGCUCGCCGAUUGGCUGAUGAAACAAAACGAGUGCCUCCAAUCCAGGAGUCAGGCCGUUGGGAUGUGGCAGGUCUUGGUGGACGAAGGAAUCCUCGUUCAUGUGAAACACGAGGUGAACUUCCACGACAAGGACACCCAGUUCUAUCGCUUCCGAGACUGCGAGUUCGGCCUGAGCCACGCGGCGAACGAGAGGGACGGCGAGGACGAGCUGCAGGAGGGGCUGUCCCUCCUGUCCCAGCUGGGUCCCGACGCGCUGCUCACCAUGAUCCUGCGCAAAGGCCCCAGCCAGAGGAGUGCCGAGGAUCUGGAGGUGAUCUACGAGGAGCUGCUCCACGUCAAGGCCGCCGCUCAUCUCUCCGCCUCGGUGCGUAAGGAGCUGGCGGCGGUGCUCGUCUUUGAAUCACACGCCAAGGCCGGAACAGUGUUGUUCAGUCAGGGCGACAAGGGCACCUCGUGGUACAUCAUCUGGAAAGGCUCCGUCAACGUGAUCACACACGGGAAGGGACUGGUGACGACGCUUCACGAGGGCGAGGACUUCGGGCAGCUGGCUCUGCUGAACGACGCUCCGCGCGCCGCCACCAUCAUCUUGAGAGAGGACAACUGCCAUUUCCUCCGUGUCGACAAACAGGACUUCAUACGCAUCCUCAAGGAUGUGGAGGCGAACACAGUGCGGCUGGAGGAGCACGGGAAAUCGGUGCUGGUGUUGGAGAAGAGCGCCGCCUCGGCCGAGCAAGGGACCAACAGCAAGUACACGGUCAUGUCGGGAACACCUGAGAAGAUCCUGGAACACCUGCUGGAAACCGUGCGGUUGGACUCGAAUGGAAAUGACGCCAUCGAUCCCUGCGUGAGCGACUUCCUGCUCACCCAUAAACUUUUCAUGCCCUCCAGCCAGUUGUGUCCGUCACUGCAGCACCACUACCAGGCCGAGCUCUCAGACGGCUCGGAGCAGGAGAAUGCCGCCUACGUUCUCAACACCAAGCAGAAGGUAGUGAAGCUGCUGUGCCAGUGGGUGGCGCUGUACGGCCUCCUGCUGAAAGAAGACCCCGUCGCGUUGGACUUCUUGGAGAGGUUGAAGAAGGAGGUGGCGGGUGAUUUCCGUCUGUCCAGCCUGCUGAAGGAACAAUUCAGGGAAAGGAGGAGAACAAAAGUGUUGGAGAAUGGAUAUCAGUCACUGGGCAGGAACCAGCAAUUCGAUUGGUUUUCCAGCUGUGAGGAGCCCGUGGCGAGGCUGCAGCCGAUCAGAGCACAGGAUAAAGUGUUGUACGAGAUCUGCGGGCCGGACAACAAACCCCUUACUCUGAUGCUCCCCGUGAACUCGUCCGUGCAGGACGCGAUGUCAGCAAUUGUCAAACCUGGCGGAGAUCACGUCCUGGUCAAAAUGAACUCCACGGGAGACAGAGCCCAGUUAAAGCUGGAUGCGACCGCCGUCUACACCGCCUUGGGACUCAAUGAGAGACUGUUCAUCUGCACAAGCAGCCAAGUGGAACAACUGAAGCCCCUGAGGGAGCAGCAGGGUCCCGAGCGGGGAACAGCCGACGUCCUGGAACAGAUGGGCUCCAAAGACAUCGCCAACGAGCUCGCAAACUACGACUGGGAGCUGUUCGCGGCCAUGCACGAGGUGGAGCUCGUCUACUACAUAUUCGGGCGCCACAAGUUCCCCGGCGCCACCACGGCCAACCUGGAGAGGUUCGUGCGUCGCUUCAACGAGGUGCAGUACUGGGUGGUGACCGAGCUGUGCCUCUGCCAGGACCUGGUGAAACGAGCCGUCCUGCUCAAGAAGUUCAUCAAGAUCGCUGCGGUCUUAAAGGAGCAGAAGAAUCUCAAUUCUUUUUUCGCCGUGAUGUUCGGUCUGAGCAACAGCGCAGUGCAGAGGCUCUACAAGACCUGGGAGAGGAUACCCAGCAAGACAAAACGAAUUUACUGUGCCUAUGAGAGGUUGAUGGACCCGUCACGCAACCACAGGGCCUACAGGCUGACCGUGGCCAAACUCAGUCCUCCGUACAUCCCCUUCAUGCCUCUUCUGCUCAAAGACAUGACGUUCAUCCAUGAGGGAAACUCGAACUACGUAGACAAAUUGGUCAAUUUUGAGAAGAUGCGAAUGAUCGCCAGGACGGUGAAGAUAGUGCGAGGAUGCCGAAGCCAGCCUUACGUGCCUUCGUCUCCUCAGAGGGGCCUGGCCGAUCGGAUGUUUCUGGAGGGGCCUGCUACUCGCAUAUCCACGUACUCGGACCACGCGCUGCCCCUGCGGAGUCCCAGCAACAUCCGGCACCACAUCCAGAACCUGAAGGUGAUCGACAACCAGCGCCGGCUGACGCAGCUAUCGCGGACGUUGGAAUGCUAGGCCGCCCGCCUGCAAACGGACAAAGACUGUAGGGACUGCAGCACACACAUCGCCGCAGGUUCCGGCCGGACGAAACAAGGUUUCCACACUUCUCUUGAAAAAAAAAAAGACGGAGCGUCCGGAGGGACGUCGAGUGCCGCGGAGACUCGCUCUUCCUUCGAGGAGCUUGGACUCGGCCACGGAGACGCUCUGUGUGCGCGGCACGGCACCGAGAGAGAACACGUGCCGCGUGCACAGCCAUGACCUCCAAUGCCGAACUAACGUCUGAACCUUUGGGACCAUUUUGUUUUUAUUCAGUAAAUAUGAUGUAUGGAAGCGUAUUGCUGCCACGGCAGAGAAAAGGAACACAGUUCAGUAUCACGAUAUAAUGUGAAAAGUUUAUUGUUAAAUCAAGAUAUUUUCACGUUAUAUCGUUGUACAGAUUCAUUUUUUUUCUGGCGUGGCAGCAAUACGCUGCCGUACCGAUCGUAUCCAUCCCCCUCCCAAAGGCAACGUUACAACGUGAACAUUUCACGCCUUUGUUGUUAAAACUGAUUUAUGUGUAAUAUUGUGAACUGUUGUCAGGGACAACCAGGAGCAUACGAACACACGCUGCAGAUCUUUGCCACGGCUCAUCACUUCAGCUCAGCACUAUAGUAUUUUCCACAUUAAAACUUACACAUCAGUUUUUUUUUCUGUUUUUUUUUUUACCAACUGACAAUUUCAUACAAUGCUGUUUUCUAAAUAAAUUAUUUUCUCA